AGAGAUUCAUGAGUAACGAAGAAAUCCAGGGUCCAUUGGCAGUCAGUUUCAUCGGUCGCUCGGUUUCGCUGCGUGUCACGUUCCGAAGGGCGCGUGUGCGUGUUGGCUGGCAUGACAUCACAGGUGCUGAUCCUGGGAAGACGACGUCUAUAUAAACCUCCAGACCCAACCUCCACCCAAUACAACCAGAUCAAAUCUACAAUCAAUCAAUCCACUACCACCAAGAUGUUCGCUACCACUGCUCUCCGUCAAAUGACUGCUGUCCGCGUCAACGCUUCCAGGACCUUUGCUUCCUCUGCUUUCCUCCGCAAGUCUGUGACCGACACCAUCAAGGACGCCGCUAAGACUGUCGACCGUGCUGCAGCAGAGGCCGCCCUCAAGGGCAUCGAAGCCACACAAUCUGUCGCCGACGCAGCCAAGUCCGCAGCUUCCUCCAUCACGAACACCUCUGCCGCCCAAAAGGCCGCGGAAGCCGCUUCCGAGCUCAAGAACGUCGCACCUGACGUGAUCUCCGGAAAGUCCAAGGAGGCCGCCGGCCAGAUCAAGGGCAAGCUUGCCGAGGCGAAGGGGGAGCUCAAGGGUGCUGCUGCGCAGGUUAAGGGAAAGGCAAAUGAGGGGGCUGCCGAGGUUAAGGGAAAGGUAAAUGAGGGGGCUGCUGAUCAGGCGAGGAAGAACUUGACUGAGUAAGCUUGAGGAAGGGAAAAGAUGAUGGUUUUAGCACGAUAUCAUAUUAUACCACCGACUGUAUGAGUAGCGAAAGGAAUUGAAGGACUGUAACAUUACAAGCUUAAUGCGCAGGAUUGUUACAACCACUCCCUUUCGAGCACAUUU